AUGCUUGCACCAUUUGCAGACCGUCUUGAGAAGAUGAAAAUCAUUCUUGGUUCAUCAAGCCCUCGUCGCCGCGAAUUAGUUGGAAGACUUUUCAAGAAAUUUGAAAUUAUUCCUUCAGAUUUUGAUGAGUCUACAAUCAAUAAAUUAGAUUUCCCAGAUCCAAGGGAUUAUGUUAAAUUACAAGCCCAAAAGAAAGCCGAAGAGCUUGCUGGGCGAAUUGGAGAUGCAGAUAUUGUGAUAACUGCUGAUACAAUUGUUGCAAUUGAUGGGAAGAUUCUCGGAAAACCACAUACUCAUGAAGUUGCAUAUAAUAUGAUCAGUGAACUCAAUGGACGCAUAAAUAAAGUUAUCACUGGUGUCAAUAUUAUCUUUCCUAAACUCAAUAUGUCAAUUUCAUUCACAGAAACUACAGAAGUUCUCAUGGAUAACCUUCCAGAAGCCGUUGUUAGAGCUUACGCAGAUUCUGAUGAUCCACUUGAUAAAGCAGGUGGUUAUGGCGUUCAAUCAAAUGCUGUUUCACUUGUCAAAAGUGUUAAUGGAGACUAUUCAAAUGUUGUUGGACUUCCAGUUAACCGUCUCGCUCGAGAAAUUUAUCAAGUCCUUGAACAAACUGCUUAA